AUGAUCAAACUUCAUUGGUCACAGAACAAUGACAAAAGGCAAUUUCUUCUGGAGCGACUGCUGGAUGCAGUAAAACAGUGCCAGAUCCGCUUUGGAGGGAGAAAGGAGAUCGCCUCGGAUUCUGACAGCAGGGUAACCUGUCUGUGUGCCCAGUUUGAAGCCGUCCUGCAGCAUGGCUUGAAGAGGAGUCGAGGAUUAGCACUCACAGCAGCGGCCAUCAAACAGGCAGCGGGCUUCGCCAGCAAAACCGAGACAGAGCCCGUGUUCUGGUACUAUGUGAAGGAGGUCCUCAACAAGCACGAGCUGCAGCGCUUCUACUCCCUGCGCCACAUCGCCUCGGACGUGGGCCGGGGCCGGGCCUGGCUGCGCUGCGCCCUCAACGAGCACUCCCUGGAGCGCUACCUGCACAUGCUCCUCGCCGACCACAGCAGGCUCAGCACUUUUUAUGAAGACUGGUCUUUUGUGAUGGAUGAAGAAAGGUCUAGCAUGCUUCCUACCAUGGCAGCUGGUCUGAACUCCAUACUUUUUGCCAUUAACAUUGACAACAAGGAUUUGAAUGGGCAGAGUAAGUUUGCUCCCACUGUCUCCGACCUCUUAAAGGAGUCAACGCAGAAUGUGACCUCCUUGCUGAAGGAAUCAACGCAAGGAGUGAGCAGUCUUCUCAGGGAGAUCACGGCCUCCUCCGCUGUCUCCAUCCUCAUCAAACCUGAGCAGGAGACCGACCCCCUGCCUGUCAUGUCUAAGAACGUCAGUGCUGAUGCCAAAGGUAAAAAGGAGAGGAAGAAGAAAAAGAAAGUGACCAACAUUAUCUCAUUUGAUGAUGAGGAAGAUGAGCAGAACUCUGGGGACGUUUUUAAAAAGAUACCUGGGGCUGGGGAGAGCUCCGAGGAAAACUCAGACCGCUCCUCGGUCAACAUCGUGCCAACCUUCGAAGGCCCCUUUGGGCCAAAUUCCAACGGAAGCCAGAGCAGCAGCUCCUGGAAAAUCGAUUCUUUGUCUUUGAAUGGGGAGUUUGGGUACCCAAAACUUGAUGUGAAAAGCAUCGAUGAUGAAGACGUAGAUGAAAAUGAGGACGAUGUGUAUGGGAGCUCCCUGGGAGGGAAGCACGUAGGCCCCUCAGGGUCACCGGAGAAGCCACUGGAUGGGGAAGCCUGCCUCUCCCAGGUCCACGGCUGGGCUCCGCUGCAGGUGCUACACGGUGACAAUGAUGUCCUCUUUCCUGUCAGUGGAGUGGGGUCCUGUGGGUCCACAGGUGUGGCCCUGGGUAGCCUGGAGAAUGGGACGGGACUGAACGACCACGUUCUGGCAGGGCCUGGCCUUCGGUACAGUGUGGAAGCCAGUUCUCCAGGACAAGGAAGUCCUCUAACCAACCUGUUACCUUCUGCCUCAGUGCCAGAGUCAAUGACAAUCAGUGAACUGAGACAAGCCAUUGUGGCCAUGAUGAACAGGAAAGACGAGUUGGAAGAAGAGAACAGGUCGCUGCGGAACCUGCUUGAUGGCGAGAUGGAGCACUCAGCUGUGCUGCGACAAGAGGUGGACACGUUGAAAAGGAAGGUGGCCGAGCAGGAAGAGCGGCACACCAUGAAGGUCCAGGCAUUGGCAAGAGAAAACGAGGUGCUUAAGGUCCAGCUGAAGAAAUAUGUAGGAGCUGUCCAGAUGCUGAAAAGAGAAGGUCAAACAGCUGAAGCUCUGCCAAAUCUUUGGAAUGUUGAUGGAGAAGUCACUGUUCCUGAACAGAAGCCAGGAGAAGUUGCUGAAGAGCUAGCAAGCUCCUAUGAAAGGAAGCUCAUCGAGGUGGCCGAGAUGCACGGGGAGCUCAUUGAGUUCAAUGAACGCCUGCACCGGGCCUUGGUGGCCAAGGAGGCUCUCGUAUCCCAGAUGCGUCAGGAGCUCAUCGACCUCCGGGGGCCGGUGCCCGGAGAUUUGAGUCAGACGUCUGAAGACCAGAGUUUGUCAGAUUUUGAAAUAUCAAACCGGGCACUGAUCAAUGUCUGGAUCCCGUCAGUGUUUCUCCGAGGCAAAGCGGCAAACGCAUUCCACGUGUAUCAGAUUUAUAUCCGGAUAAAAGAUGACGAGUGGAACGUGUAUCGGCGGUACACAGAGUUCCGGGGUUUGCACCACAAGCUGCAAAACAAGUACCCUCAAGUGCGGGCCUACAACUUCCCACCCAAAAAGGCUAUUGGGAAUAAGGACGCCAAAUUCGUGGAGGAACGGAGAAAGCAGCUCCAGAGUUACCUGCGCAGUGUCGUGAACAAGGUCAUCCAGAUGGUGCCCGCGUUCGCCGCCAGCCCCAAGAAGGAGACUCUGGUGCAGCUGGUGCCCUUCUUCGUUGACAUCACCCCUCCUGGAGAGUCUCUGAACAAGAACAGCCAGCCCAGAGUGGCUUCCCGCUUCCCCAAGCUGUCCCGCGGUCCCCCAAGGGAGACACGCAACGUGGAGCCCCAGAGCGGUGACCUCUGACCUCAGCAGAAUCCUGCACCCUGGCUGCUCUGUCGGCCUGGCCUUGGUGUGAUGACCACGUCCGCCUGCUGAACCAGAGAGCACACCUUCCUGCCAGCCACAUGCCACCCCGAUUAAACUGCUUGGUCUCCGAGGUCCAGGUCCCUGUCCAUAGAGCAGGGUGGCUCUUCAUUGCACAGACUGGGACGUGUGCUCACUACUCUCCCACGGCAGCAAAAGCUGUCUGUCCCCUUCCUGCAGCUCUGGGCCAGCGGCAGGGUAGGCCCCAGGACAGACAGGGAACCCGAUGUCGAACAUGGCCCGAAGAUCCCUUCCCAAAUCGCCGUGUGGCUCUUUCCCACAAGGGAAUUAGAAUGACUGUUAGCCUCUUCUGCUCUUCUUUUUAACGUCCGGUAUUUGCCUCUCUCUGACCCAUGGACGGAUGGAGGGACCUUGCUCCUUCCCAUUUCAUGCUGUGCCGAGGUCAGCAGGCACCCAGGAGCAUCCACUGAGGAGGCCCUCCCUGGCACCUCUCUUCCAGCAGCCUUCGGCAACAUCUCUCUGCUUCUUCCCCGCCCUCCUUGCCACUGGUCUCGGGAGGCACUGUCCGUGGAGGAAGCCCCAGCACGGCUUGUCAGGGGCUCAGCAGGCAGGUGGGGACGCUGGCCUCAUGAGCAUCGGUGUCCUUGGCCUCAGGUGCCGGGAGCCUUUGCAGAAGGUUCCGGGGUCCUCGCGUGUUCAGACCCAGCUCCAUCUCUGACAGUGAAGAUUGUCCCCUCAAGUCACAUCCACAUCCACCGUGUAUCACCCGUCUCCAGACAAGCCCCUGGUGGGCAUAGAACCCCAACUCUCCGAGACCGGUCGUUCUGUUCCCCUUGCCUCGCGGCACGAUGUCACAGUCCAGGGACCUGAGCAGGCAGGGAGAAGGGCAAGGACCAACACGCGGCAGCCCACCUUCUCCCCUCGGACCCACCUGAUCAGAUGGUUUCACGGGGCCCAUGCUCUCACCUCCAGAAUCACGAAACCGCUCCUACCCGGUCGAGAGCCUCUUUUACAGCCGAGUGCAGUUGGGAGAAUUUGCAGAAUGGACCAUGAGAGGAAUAGUGUGUGCUCACCUUUGCCUGUGGCAGAUGCAGGUGUUGGGGAAUUCUGUGCCUGAGGUGAUCGUGGAAGCCACCGCGGGUCUGUGCUGGAACUGACAUCUUGGUGAAUCACCUGGAAGAUGGGCACUUCCUGGUCCCAUGGUCACCAGAGGGAAGCUUAUUCGAGCAGUUAGGGAAAAGUUUGGGUCACUGUCCCAUAAUCCCACAGGGAAGCAGAGGCGACACCACAGGCUCCUGAGGCCACCUUGGGCCAGAUGAACCAGUGAGGCUGCUGUCCCUAAUGGCCAGCUGCAGGACAGGGCCCUACCUGAGUGACCUCCAGCUUCAAGAGCAGCAUGCUCCUCUCCAUAUCUGCCCAAAUGGCUGGCGUUUGAGUUUGAGCCCCCAGCACUGGCCGGGCUGCUACGCCUCAUGACUGAGACCAAGUGGCCUGUGGCUCAGGCUGCCCGCCCCUGUGUCUCCUGCUCUGGGGUGGCUGCAAAGUGAGCCGUGGCUGCCACAGGGAAGACUGGCCCAGUGGGGGCCUCAGAACAAGGGCUCUGCGCCGAAGCCACUUGCCCACUCUGUGCCCUCACUAGGAGGGGAACCCACCAUCCCCUGUGUGCCCCUGAGCCCGGGGUCCAGAUCAGCCUUUGGGGCACUGGACCCAAAACCCACCCUCACCCUCUCCAGCCACCCCACUAGGAAACCUCUUGGACAUUGUGCACAUGGAAUUAAAGCAAAAAACAAAAAAACAGCCCAAAGAUACCCAGAGCUACAAUCGACUCCACCUCCUUACUUUGUAAAGCUUAAUUAUUCAUAGAAAACUUGCUCCUGCCAGGCGGAAUGGAGAAGCACGUUCAUUCCCUGGGGCCUUGUGGGAAUGCUCCAGCAGCUUGCAGUCCGGAAACCCUAGCAUCGCCCUCAGGCUGUGGGUUGUCUGUCCCGUCACUAUCUUGCAAGUACUUGGCCUCCGCUCAGUGCACUUGUAACACCUGUGGAACUCGUGACACAGUGGCAGGUUGGGUGCCAUUGCCUGUAAAGAGCGUGCAGUCGAAAGCUGUUUACAUCUGUCUGCUUGCUGCCAGCCCCAGCCAAUACCGGCAGACACAUGCAGAGGGGUCCAGUCAGAGUGAGGAAACGGAACAGACACCCCACCCCGCAGCGAAAGCUGCACAGUGCCACUCUGGGGUUCUUUCCUCACUCCUGAAACCGCUCAGCAGCCUUGUGGCCACUACGUUGUCACUGAGUUCUACACGGGACACUCUGUUCUCCUAAAGACCUGGUCGGGGCAUUCCAAGCCUUGGCCCUGUCCCCCGGUGCCACCUGCCUGUGCCGCUGAGAGACCCCAGCCAGCCUGUGACAGAGGCCAGGCGUACCUCCUCCCAGUCACCCCAACCAGGCUUUCCAGGGCACCCUCUGGCCUCUGAGAAGGAACAGGAUCUUCAGCCCCCAGCACCAGCCCAAGGAAGGCUGUGAGACUGAUAGAAAUGUCCCGGAAGGGGCGACCUUGGGCCUGAGUCCCAGUGGCAGCAACUGUCCUGACUUAGUACGUCGUUCCAGACGGCGCCAGACACAGGCCGCCUCUACCUCUGGAGGCGCUGACCUACGACGCAUGCUGAUUCUGGGGGCAGGCGCCCCCUAACAGACAAGGUCUGUUGUAAGGAACACUUUCCAGAAUGUUGUGCAUUAUGUUAUUAAAACUAAUGUUAAAUAUUUGCUGUUCAGAUUGGCUUCUGUGCUGAUUUUGCACAACUGUAGCACUGUAUAUUUUAUCUAACAUUUCUGUGCCAAAAAGUUCAUUUUACUGUUUCCCUAACACAUGGUCUUGAUUAUGUUUCUGGAAUAAAACUCCAGCUCCUGGAUUGAUAGGAAUAAGGGUUUAGCAGCACGGCCCCUGGCUGUGCGCAUCCUGCACCCCAUAGUUCGGCCCCAUGGUUCACCCCCGUGCUGAAAUGCAGCAGGUCAGCUGUUUGGACCACAAGCCACUGUGUGUCGCCAGCCGGAUUGCGGUCACUUCCGAUGCAUCACGGAGCCUUACUUUUUGUUCUUAAGUCUAACAACCAAGUUCAGUGGACUUCCUUACACCCAGAGUUUUUACAGAAGUCCAAAGGAGAAGGAAAGGGGUGCGGGUUUCCCUGAAGAGGGCCAAGCCACCCUGUGGAUGAAUCCCCGCCGGAAGCUGCCAGGGUCCCCUCUGUCCACGUGUGUCCCUGUGCUGCUGGGGGAGUCACGCUGCAGGUCCCUUCCCCAUCACUGAGGACACAGGUGCCCGCUGCGGGACCCGUGAUGGUGGGUGGCAUGCUUGUCACCAGACUUUGUUGAAAAUUCGAGGAAGGAGCCCAGAGGCAAAGAUUUCCAGGGCCGGGGAAGGAGACCGGUCUUCAGCAUCCUGGAAACAGAGCCUUGGCCUGCAGCAGCCUUGGCCCCUGAGCCCUGGCCUGAGGACGGGAAGCCCUGUGCCUGGUUGGUGUGACCCGACCUCUGGGAGGAGCAAGCCUGUUACAUGUGGGUGCUGCUGGCCAUGCGGGGCAGGAGUCGCUGGGAGGAGCAGGCAGCAGGUAGACAGGACCUGGCCGGCCACUGGUGUAACUGUCCGCGUAGUAUCCUAACCACCCUCUUCUGUUAAGGUUUACAAGAUAGAAUUUUUAAGCAAAUAUGUUUAAUUUUCUAAAAUCUCUUGUAUUAAAAUUUUCUUUUGGAAUAAGCUGUGGUAAUUUUGUUACAAUCUGGUUGAGACAAACCUCUUUA